GCCAUGCUUUUUUCGUCUGUUGUCCGAGUACAUAGGGCGUGACGGCAGACAGACAGAGUUGGUGUCCAUCCACAUAUGUGUGUAUGCACAACCAAGUACCCUAUUAUCGGUCUAUGCUGCCAGCCAGCCAGUCAUCCAUGCACUGCACCCGACCGACAGAUACCUAACACUCACUAAUGAGCGUGCAUCGCGAAUGAAUCCGUUCUUGGCCCGGCUGGCUGGCUGGCUCUCCGUCAGUCAAAUUGCAUUGCACCAAAAAGCCGUCGAGUGAGUUAAAGUGAUGCGCGCUCAGAAAUCGAUCGUACGGCACAAUCCAUCGACCGACCAGGCAGCCAGGCAGCAGCUGUUCUGUUCAUGCAUUGUGCCGUAUGAGGCCCUCCAUGACAGCCAACUCCGCGUUGAGUAGAGACCCACCCGCGGCACCUGCACACACACACACGCAUGGCGUACACACACAGUGCAUUGAAAUACCAUGGAAAGAGGCUCCCUCCGUCUCUCUGUAUCUGAUCUGCGUGUCUGACCGAUGAUCGUGUUGUGUGAGAGUGUGGUCAUUUUGACGUCCAUCAGCGGACAGGGACGCACGCGGCCCACACACGUCGACAUGCCCUCACCUGCACGCAACACAACACAAGACAACACACAAGAUGUGAAACCAGGCCACCUGAUUGUGCUGUGUCUGUCUGUCUGUCUCACCAGCCAUUCUGUCGAGCCUGGGUUGCGGGCGGUCAUCCUGGGCCAUCACCACCACACAGUGAGGCGGACAGCUGAUACACACACAGGCAGCACACCACACAGAGAUAGACCCACCCCCGCAGUGCGGGUGUGCCUAGUGUGGGGUAGCUGACCCGUCCGUCCUUACGAUGGCAGUUGUUGCACGAUCUGUGUGGGUUUGUAGUUAGCGAGGCACUCCCUGACCUGCCGCACCAUCUCGUCAUCAGACUCGGGCCGCUCACGUAGCCGAAGAGAUACCUGGUCGGCCGAUACACCACACCACACCACACCACACCACACCAGAAAGCACUCUCCUUGCUAGUUGGCUUGGUGUGUGUAACUCGCUAGCUUGAAUGGAUUACCGACCGAGACUAUGUGUCCGUCUGACACGGCCACUCGAUGGCACAUGGCUGUCGCCGCUAUGGGGGCGAAGUCGAUGCAGCUCCCAUCACUCGACGGCUUGCCUGCACACACCACACACCAUCCAUAUGUAGGGUUUCUGUAUGUCCCCCUGGCUUUUUUGUCUUUGGCUGUCUGUCUGGCUGACCGAGUAUUUUGGCAGGUUCCUCCUCGAGUUUUGGCUCUUCGCCGCUGAUGAAGGGUAUGCAGUUGUCGAGGAUGUCCAUCGAGGGCAGGCCAGGGUACCCCGCACCCGAAAUGGCCUGGCACGUUGCCAUGAACACCUCAUGGAUGCCGAACCUCUCGUGAAUCGGCUGACAUAUCAACCAACACAGACAGACAGACGUGUGGGGGCGAGUGGGCGAGUGCGUGGGCGUGGGUGGCACAAACGCCCUCGGUGCGGUGUAGGUGACAUUCACCUUGAGUGCGAUAGAGAGUCCGGUGGAUGCGCAGUUGGCAUUGGUGACGAUGAAGCCUCCCUUGUCUUUGAAGGUCGGCUGAGACCUCACGAUACUCAAAUGAUCCGCAUUGAUCUAACACACAUUCACACACACAGGCACAUAAAUAGAUGCAUCACACAUCAAGUGGCUGGCUGACCACGGGUAUGAGUAUGGGCACAUCGGCGUCCAUCCGGUGGUUUUUGGCAUUGCUGAACACGGGAAUGCCCCGAGAGGCGAAGUCUGCCUCGACAGAACCUGUUCAAAUGAACCAUGAAAUGACACCAAACACGCGCAGGCCAGCUGACUGGCUGGUAGGGUCAUUAUGGGUGUCCUCAGUUUGCCAGCUCACUGACCUGCAACGCUUGAGUCGAGACCCGAAAACACAAUGUCACUGCGGGCACACCACAGCCAGUCAAGAACACAUUUCUCAGCCAUGUACUGUGAUGAAUGCGUCGCUCCACGCAUGACUGUCUAUCUGGUUGUUUGUCUGUCUGUCUGUCUGUCUGUCUGUCUGCGUGUGUGUGUGACAUACACGAGUCCGAUGAACAGAUCUGCCCUGCACUCCAUCACCAGCAGUGAUGCUGCCUCCUCGGGCACGGCGGCAGACACCUUCCAGUUGACGACGUCGCCAUAUUUCUUGCCGGCCGACCGCUCGGAGGCGCCCAGGGCAGUGACGAUGAACCAUGGGUGGUUUUUGAGCAGCUCCAGGAAACGCUGACCCACCGCACCCGUCGCUGCACCCACAUCACACACACCGCUGUGCAAGCAAUGCAAGACAGCCGGUCUGGAGCCAUGUUUUCUCACCUCCAAGCACUCCAACACGGUACUUCUUCUCCAUGAGCUUGUG